AUGGCAGGAGGCUAUCAACAGCAUCGCAACUCCAUCCAUAUCGAACCUCCCUGUCCAACUCGCCCUCGUCAGCAUCCUUUUGUGCAUGACGAGGAGAUACCUCAAGGUGCUUACUAUACUCAACACCCAGUUCUUGACGGUUCACCAUGCGAUGCCGAGGGCCACGACCUACUUCCACAGCAGCCUCCUGCUGACGAGCCACGUGAUCCAGCAGAUGACACCUGGAAGCCUUUCCCAUCUCGCGGCCACUUUGAGCUUGCAGAUUUUUUAUUUUGGCGCAAUCAGAUGCCUGCAGCACAGGUAGACGACUUGAUGCAAGUCCUCACAUCUUUCGAGGCAAAUCGUGGCUCUCUGCCGUUCAAUGGUGAUGCACACCUCCAUGAUAGCAUAGAUUCAAUCCCUCACAAUGUACCUUGGCAAUCACUUACCCUUCGCCACCCUGACUAUGAGAUGAACCUUGACAAUCUGGACAUUCCUCCAUGGAAAUGUGCCGAGUUUGAUGUCUGGCUUCGAGACCCUCGCGAAUUAGUAAAAAACCAACUUUCAAACCCGGUGUUUGCAGACAGCAUCGAUUAUGCUCCCCGCCAGGUGUUCAACAAGCACGGCCAGCGCGUGUGGACUGAUUUUAUGACCGGUAAUUGGUCCUGGAAUCAAUGUAAUACACUUGCUGAUGAUGGCAACUGUCAUGGAGCCAUGUUCAUACCGAUAAUCCUGGGCAGUGACAAGACUACUGUCUCUGUCGCAACGGCACAUCAAGAUUUAAUUAACUACGCUGUACUAGCUGAGCAAGGCCACGAAGACAGCAAGGAAUAUCUUCACUUUCGUCGUCAUUUAUUCCAUGCUUCCUUACGUGCGAUUCUCGAAUCGUUUCGUCCGGCAAUGCAAAAACCCGAGAUAGUCAAGUGCGCAGAUGGCCAUUAUCGACAUGCCGUCUAUGGUCUUGGUCCAUACAUCGCAGAUUAUCCUGAACAGUCUCUUGGGACUGCUGAUCGGAAAAAUUUGGAUGGGUCACAGUGCAAUCGACGAUCACAUGCCCACACACACACCCUUAUGCUUGGCUAUUCAACGCAAGAGUUACGGUUUGGCUGGGGCAUCAUUGAUGGAAUUUUGCCAUUCACUGCAUACUUUCUACGUGCCGACAUUCACGAGCUUCUUGCCCCUGAUAUUUUGCAUCAAAUUAUCGAGGGCACAUUCAAAGAUCACCUUGUCCACUGGGUAGAUGAGUACCUUGUUCUGACAUAUGGUGAAGCACAUGCAGAGGCAAUAUGGGCUGAUAUUGAUCGCCGCAUUGCUGCUGGCCGAAAAUUCAAGCAGUGGACAGGGGAUGACUCCAAGGCACUCAUGAAGGUCUUCCUGCCAGCUAUUGCUGGACAUAUUCCGGAUAAAAUGGUCCGAGCCAUCAGUGCCUUUUUGGACUUUUGCUAUAUAGUCCACCAUUCCAGUCUUGAUGAAGGUGAUCUUCUUGCACUAGAUGAAGCUCUUUUACGCUUUCAUGAGGAGCGAAGCAUCUUUGUUGAGACAGGUGUUAAACCUGAUGGAAUCUCAUUGCCUCGUCAACAUUCACUUUGCCACUAUCGCUACCUGAUACAGCAGUUUGGAGCACCAAAUGGCUUGUGCUCCUCUCUGACUGAGUCAAAACAUCAGAAGGCAGUCAAGGAGCCUUGGAGAAGAAGUAGUGGCAAUCUUGCACUAGGUCAGAUGCUUGAGAUUAAUCAGCAUCUUGAUAAACUUGCUCUCUUUCAAGCAGAGAAGUUUGCCGCAGGUCUCCUUGACACACCAUUACUGCCAUCUGAUACUAUUGCUGUUGAUCCUGACAAUAUUGGUGGUGAUCCUGAUGAGGAAAAUUAUGUGAUUGCUGAUGAUCAGGAUGCUGAGAUCAUUGUCCAGUUGGCCAAAAAUCAAGCUCUUCAUUACCCAAGUCGGUUGCAGAGAAUUGGUGAACAGAUUGGUGUUCCCCAUCUCCGUGACCUUGUGCGCCAAUUCCUACAUGAUCAGCGCAAUCCUGACCAUCCUAUUCCUGGGCAUGAAAUGGAUGUGUCUCUUUGUCCAGACUUUAAUGGCAAGGUGCAUAUUUUUCAUUCUGCAGUUGCAUCAUUUUAUGCUCCUAGUGAUAUUUGUGGAGUUAAUGGUAUGCUACGUCAUGUCAUCCGCUCAGCACCAACUUGGCAUAAUGGUCCUGCUUGUCAUGACUGUGUUUUUAUUGAACAUGAUUCUACAUUACCAGGUUUCCAAGGUCUAUAUGUUGCUCAAGUGAUUCUUUUUUUCUCAUUUCACUUUCGUGGUGUUGAUUAUCCUUGUGCACUUGUUCGUUGGUUUGAAACUAUUGGUGACCAGCCAUGUCCUAAUACAGGUAUGUGGAUGGUUGAGCCAGAGUUUGAUGCCAAUGGCCAGCGUCUUACUUCAGUUGUUCACUUGGACACAAUUUUGCGUCCAGCACACUUAAUUCCUGUUUAUGGUAAUCAUUUCAUAGAUCAUGAUAUCAAGUGUACCGAUUCUUUGAUUGCUUUUGCAGCCUUUUAUAUCAAUAAGUUUUCUGAUUAUCAUGCUUUUGAAAUUGCCUUUUGA